AUGUUGUCCAUCAGAGGACAGGGCCAGGAGAACCUGGUGAACGCGCACCAGACGGCUGCGGCCUCGAAGCCAUUGAACCAGGGAGCGCGUGUCCUGCCACCGAAAACCCCAGGGAAGACGCUGCCAAAGACACCAUUCAGACUGCCUCUUCACGAUGAGAACAGACCGCUUACGUUUGGAAAGGGAUUGGGAGCGGGGGUUGGCAAAGGCAUACUGAAAGGACAGGACGAGAAUGCGGUUCAGCAGGGCAAGGGGAAAGGCGUGGAGAAGAAAGUGUUGGCCACUCCGAUGGGGACAAUCAAGCAAAGGAGUGCCAAACGGGGGUCGUCUCGAAAGGUUAAGAAGUCUACACCCUUGCCUGUACCGGCCACCCAGGAGGAGACGCUGUCUGUGGAUGAUGAGCGGGAUAUUGAAUAUAUGCCACCAAAGCCAAAGCCUCUUCCUGACGAUGAUGGAUAUAUUACAUAUGACUCUACGUUUCCACAUCUCAAAGGGAUCAAUCUCGCUCGUGGGUGGGAGAAGCUAUACGAAGACAACACCGUGGGCCCCGAUGGACUCACGGCUAAGCAGCGAAAGGAGAAGGAGCUUGACGAUGCGUAUAACAAGCAGAUUGAUGCCCUGAUCCAGGCUCAGAUCGAUAGUAUUGGCGAUCUUGGAUUAGAAGGGGAGGCCAGUGAUGGAAUCGAGAGCAGGCUUACCAGCAGACCUACCAGCAGGGCUUCGAGCAGAGCCUCGAGCAGAGCCUCAAGCAGAGCCACAAGCAGAGCAACGACCAGAUCCGAUCCACCUGAGAGUUCAGUAUCUACUCUACGAUCAAAGAGUGCAGCACAGGCUCUGGCAAUGGACCUGAAAGGAAGUGUACGGACCAGGUGUUCACCUAGGUUAGCUGCGAAAGCUGCUGCAAAGGCUGCUGCAUCGAAGACAACAACGAAGAAGACUAUUGCACCGACGAACCCGUCUUCAAUGCGUCAUACAGCAGCUGUGGCCAGCUCCAGGAGCACCCUGGGCUACUCCAAGGGACGGGACAUGUUGGCUACUCUGCAAGAAGAGUCAGGUCUGGCCAAGGCCGGAACGAAGACGGGAAAGAAGAAGACGAAAGCCGGGAAGGAGAAGGAAGCGAGAAGUAUCCUCUCCCCCGAGCGGUACAUGCAACUCUACGGCCCACCGCCGUUUGGCAGUGAGAUGUGGUCUCGUUGUAAGAUUGCUGGGUAUUUUGACGAAGAAGUAAAGACCACGGAAGAACUGUUGGAGAUGGACAGGCCGGAUGAAGUAUACGUGGAGGACGAGGAGGCUGCUAAUUUCCAGCUUACUCUUUGA